GACAUUUCUAUCAGGAAUAAUACAAUCGGUUUGACUAGUGAUUAGAAACGACUUUAAUUGAAGGAAUCCAACAGUCAUCGCAACGGGCUAGUAACACGUUUAGGCUUUUAGGAUGAGGCUGGUUUCGGCAUUUGUUGUGUUGGUUAGUGCGUUGUACCUAGUAACGGCUCAGGAUGAUGGCAAGUAUCGGCCACCCUCUACCACGAGCACUGUGCGCCCGUUUAUCACUCGUCCGUACAGACCGUAUCGACCGUACGAUCCACUUAACCAGUAUCGAUACUUGAACGAAGGGCGUUACCAAGGGCGCAAUGACGGUCGUUAUGUUGGUCUUAAUGAUGGCCGUUACUACGGUGGAAAUGAUGGACGAUACAUUCCGGGUAAUGAUGGAAAAUAUACUCACAGGGAUGGAAAAUAUCAGCAUGUCGGUGAUGGUGAUCGUGGCAAAUACAAGCACGUGGAAGGUCCUUCCGGAUCGAACGCCAGCAAUCAGGGACCAUCUGGGAGUGGAACGGAUGCUAACGGCUCGGGCAGUGGAGCUGUCACAGCAAGCCCACCGGUAACUCCUGCUCCGCAACCGAUUUUCAUUCCAACCACACCGGUGCCAGCUCUAGCCCGGAAAGUUCAACUCAACGUUGCACCCCGGUUAGGUGAUACUGAUGGCUGGAAAAUUAUUCGAUUAGAGAACCAGGUACGAAGAGAUGGUUAUAAUUACGUAUUCGAAACGGCCAACGGAAUCAACGCUGAAGAGUCUGGAAGAAUUGAAAACGAUGGUAAGGGUUCGGAAGGCCUGCGAUCGCAAGGAUUCUACCAAUACGUAGGUGACGACGGUCAGGUUUACCGGGUGGAUUAUGUUGCUGACACGAACGGGUUCGUACCACAGGGGGAUCACAUUCCGAAAGUUCCUCCGGCGAUCGAAAAACUCUUACAGUAUCUAGCUAGCCAACCGAAAUAAGAGGUUUAGCUGCGCUCGAACGGCAAGCGAAUGGAAUUCGAAAAGAAGUGAACUGAGAACCUGUUAUAUUUGGUUAUACCACUGUUAAUAGAUAUGAAAGCUUUCAGUAUAACACUAUAACGGAAUAAGCUUUCGCAUUCUUUUUGUUUAAACGAUCAGUAACGUCGAAAAAAAUAAUUCCCUGAAUGCAUGCAUCGUGAAAAAAAAUUAUUAAAAUAUCCAGUGCUUUGGGACAGAAGGAUCCGAGUAGUUUGACUAGUGUGGUGUAAAAUUACUAACUAGUGCUUUUGUAAAUAGAAAUUUUAAUUUUGUUACAACAAUUUAGACAAUUUGACAUCGAACACUAAUAUUACACAUGCGAUCGGAAAUUAGCACUUGAAUGUGAUUACCACAAACAAAUUUAUUUGAGUACAAAUAAAAUAAAUUGCAUGGUAAAAUA